AUGUUUUUCAAGAUGAAUUUCGAACCGAGUGAUUUGGCUAUUUGCGAAACACUGGGUGUACUGGAUUGGAAGCAUGGUCUAGCUGGUACUCUGGAAGAUGUGGUAUAUUCAAAGUUUGCGAGGAGGAUAUCGGACCCCCGCCAAUACGUCCCCGCCACAGGCCAAACCUGGACCUCCCUCCACCGCAGCCAAGCCCUCCAAAAAAACAACUUCGAAACCGACCCCUCCAACCCAAACAUCCACUACAUCACCACCGCGCCCCUCUCCCCCUCGGAACUGCCCCCCGGUCUCGCAGACACCUCCUCCACCCGCAAACAACUCGGCAUUGGCCAACGCGCCAUCCUGCUCCAAACCUCCGGCGGCAACGUCCUCUGGGACUGCGUGGCCUUCCUCAACCCAGACACGAUAUCCUUCAUCAACUCCAAAGGCGGGAUAAAAGCCAUUGUGAUUAGUCAUCCACAUUUCUAUACUACACAUUUAGAAUGGGCGGGUGUAUUCAAGUGUCCGGUGUAUAUGGCGGGUGUGGAUCAAGAGUGGCUUAAUCGUGCUGAUAAAGACGGGAUGAGAAAGUUUUUUGGUGCCGCCGGUGGAGAGACGCAGAUUGGGGAGGUGGGUAGGGAGUCCGGUUUCAAAAACGCCAAACAUAUCCCCGAUACGACAUCUUACACCUUCAUGUGGGCGUAUCCAAACAUGAUUCCGCUGACGCCAAAAGCCAUCUUGGGAAUUUGGAAGGCGAUAAAAGGGCUCGACUUUGAUAGUACGUAUGGUGGGUUUCCGGGCCAGAAUCUGAUUCGGCCAGAUUUGAAGGCGCAGGUGUUGGAGAGUAUGAAGAUUUUCCUCAGGAGGGGUGGGCAUGAGGGGGCGGAGGUUUAUGGGGAGAGUGUUUAG